UACCCUUUCUCUCUCUACAAAUAAUAAAAACAUCUAUCGCUCAGACACACACUCUCUCUCUCUCUCUCUCUCUCUCUGUAGACUUCCCCACACACACAUGCCACCUUUACUGUCUCUCUCUCUCUCUCUCUCUCUCUCUCUCUGUCUGAGCUGAGCUGUGUGUUACUUUCUCCGCAGCCCUCAACCCCAUUGAAGCACACCUCCCCCCCAUAGCCCACCCUCUGUAAUUCCUUCUUCUCUUCGUCCUCCUCCUCCUCCUCCUCCUCCUCCUUCUCUCUCUCUCUUUCUCCUCCAUUACUGGUCCCUUUCUGACUGAAGUUUGAUCGAUCCUUUCCUCCCCCGGACGCAAACCCAUUCAUAUUUCAUCCCCCUGUCCACCCAUUCGGCCUCACCUGAGCUGGCUCCCAUGGAACCCGCCGGCGGCGGCGAGGACUGCUGCGUCAAGGUAGCUGUCCACAUACGGCCGCUAAUCGGGGAUGAGAAGCUCCAGGGCUGUAAAGAUUGCGUCACCGUCGUCCCCGGGAAGCCUCAGGUACAAAUAGGCACGCAUUCCUUCACUUUUGAUCACGUCUAUGGGAGCACGGGUUCUCCUUCAUCAGCAAUGUUUGAAGAAUGUGUUGCUCCUCUUGUUGAUGGCCUUUUCCAAGGAUAUAAUGCGACCGUUCUUGCUUAUGGGCAGACAGGAUCUGGAAAAACCUAUACAAUGGGCACUGGCUUUAAGGAUGGUUGCCAGACAGGACUAAUCCCUCAAGUCAUGAAUGCUUUAUUCAGUAAGAUUGAAAGCUUAAAGCAUCAGACCGAGUUUCAAAUGCACGUUUCCUUCAUCGAGAUCUUGAAAGAAGAAGUGCAAGAUCUGCUGGAACCCACCUGUCUGAGCAAGUCAGAGACUGCGAAUGGGCACGCAGGGAAAGUAUCCGUUCCAGGAAAACCACCAAUCCAGAUCCGUGAAUCCUCGAAUGGUGUUAUUACAUUGGCGGGGUCCACUGAAGUUAGUGUUACCUCGCUAAAGGAGAUGGCUGCCUGCCUGGAACAGGGGUCUCUGAGCCGGGCUACUGGAAGCACGAACAUGAACAAUCAGUCAAGCCGUUCCCAUGCAAUCUUUACCAUCACAAUGGAGCAGAUGCGGAAGCUUAAUCCUCUCUACCCAGCCGAUAGCAGUGCUGAGACUUUGAAUGAAGAAUAUCUAUGUGCCAAGCUACAUCUUGUAGAUCUUGCUGGCUCAGAACGCGCUAAAAGAACUGGUUCGGAUGGUCUACGAUUUAAGGAAGGAGUCCACAUCAAUAAGGGCCUUCUUGCACUUGGCAAUGUUAUCAGUGCUCUUGGAGAUGAGAAGAAGCGGAAAGAAGGUGUUCAUGUUCCCUACCGAGACAGUAAACUUACCCGGCUUUUGCAGGAUUCACUUGGUGGUAAUAGUCGAACAGUGAUGAUAGCCUGCAUUAGCCCUGCUGAUAUCAAUGCUGAAGAGACACUGAACACUUUGAAGUAUGCAAAUCGUGCUCGAAAUAUCCAAAAUAAGCCUGUCGUUAACAGAGAUCCCACGUCCAGUGAAAUGCUAAAGAUGCGCCAACAACUUGAGUAUCUGCAAGCAGAACUUUUUGCUCGUGGCGGGCCUUCCUCUGAAGAAGUGCAGGUUCUCAAGGAAAGGAUUGCAUGGCUUGAGACUGUAAAUGAGAAUCUCUAUCGUGAACUUCGCGAGCACCGGAGCAGAUGCUUAUCUGGGGAGCAAUGUGAAUCGGAUUCCCAAGAGGAUAACUGUUCGGUGAAAAGUGAUGGUCUCAAAAGAGGCUUGCAGAGUAUGGAGGCUUGUGAUUACCAAAUGAAUGAAACAAUAAGUGGUGAUUCGAGGGAUAUUGAUGAAGUAGCAAAAGAGUGGGAGCACACGAUACUACAGAACUCUAUGGACAAAGAGAUGCACGAGUUAAAUCGACGCCUAGAAGAGAAGGAGUCUGAGAUGAAACUCUUUGGAGGCUUAGAUACAGUGGCGCUCAAGCAGCACUUUGGAAAGAAGAUUAUGGAAUUGGAGGACGAAAAGAGAACUGUGCAGCAAGAGAGAGAUCGUCUAUUAGCUGAAGUAGAAAAUCGAGCUUCUAAUACCGAUGGACAAACCCAAAAGAUGCAGGACAUGCAUGCCCAGAAAUUAAAAACGCUUGAGGCUCAGAUUUUGGAUCUUAAGAAGAAGCAAGAGAACCAGGUGCAAUUAUUAAAGCAAAAGCAGAAGAGUGACGAAGCAGCAAAGCGGUUACAGGAAGAGAUUCAAUCGAUAAAAGCACAAAAGGUUCAACUGCAACAUAGAAUGAAACAAGAGGCUGAGCAGUUUCGGCAAUGGAAGGCUUCCAGAGAAAAGGAGCUCUUGCAGUUGCGGAAGGAGGGGAGGAAGAACGAAUAUGAAAGGCAUAAGCUACAAGCUUUGAAUCAGCGACAGAAAUUGGUUCUUCAGAGGAAGACAGAAGAGGCUGCAAUGGCAACGAAGAGGCUGAAGGAAUUGCUAGAAGCUCGCAAAUCAAAUACACGAGACAACUCUGUUAUGAGCAAUGGAAAUGGAAUUAAUGGGCAGAGCAAUGAGAAGUCUUUGCAAAAGUGGCUCGACCAUGAGCUUGAAGUGAUGGUCAAUGUCCAUGAAGUUCGCUUUGAAUAUGAGAAACAGAGCCAAGUUCGGGCUGCAUUGGCAGAAGAGUUGGCAGUGCUGAAGCAAGUGGAUGAGUUUGCUUCAAAGGGGCUAAGUCCACCGAGGGGGAAGAAUGGUUUCGCUAGGGCAUCCUCCAUGUCUCCAAAUGCAAGGAUGGCGAGGAUAUCUUCACUCGAAAAUAUGCUAAGCAUUUCAUCAAAUUCUUUAGUAGCCAUGGCUUCUCAACUGUCAGAGGCAGAAGAGAGGGAACGCGGUUUCACAAACCGUGGACGUUGGAACAACUUGCGAUCAAUGGGAGAUGCGAAGAACCUCCUCCAAUACAUGUUCAGUUCUCUCGGUGAUGCAAGAUGCCAAAUGUGGGAGAAGGACAUGGAGAUCAGGGAAAUGAAAGAACAGCUAAGAGAACUUGUGGGAUUAUUGCGACAGAGUGAGACCCGAAGGAAGGAGGUCGAGAAGGAGAUGAAGUUGAGAGAGCAGGCUUUUGCAAUUGCAUUGGCAUCAUCACCUUCAGGAAACUCACACAAUUCAUUGAAGCAUUCUGCUGACGACUUGAGUGGUCCUCUGUCUCCGAUGUCCGUGCCAGCACAGAAGCAGCUCAAAUACACCCCUGGAAUCGCAAACGGCUCUGCAAGAGAAUAUGCUGCAUUUGUAGAUCACACGCGAAAGAUGAUCCCGAUGGGGCAACUAUCAAUGAAGAAGAUGGCAGCAGUGGGGCAAGCAGGGAAGCUGUGGAGGUGGAAGAGAAGCCAUCACCAAUGGCUCCUGCAGUUCAAGUGGAAGUGGCAGAAACCAUGGAGGCUCUCCGAAUGGAUUCGGCACAGUGAUGAGACCAUUAUAAAGACGAGGCCUCGUCCUCAGGCCCUUCCUGAUAUGAUCUGAUGAUGGCUUUGUUUGACGGUCAGCUGGCUGCCCAACAUUUUUCGCUUUGUCUUUUCUUUUGGACCAACAAGUAUAGAUCCCGAGACGACAGAUGGAGAAGGGGAAAUCUGGGUCAGGGACAAGUUGUAUAAAGGUGGUCAAGGGAUCUCUGCUUGUAGCACGUCCAGAUUUUCGAUGUUAAUCUUGUGAAAACUUUGAAACCCGUAGCAACCGAUACGUCGACAGGAUUUUGUAUAGGAGGCGGGUCUUGGUGCUGCCAUUGCUUUACUAUGGAUUCAUGAAAAGGCAUAUCAGAUAUAAGACGGUCGCUAGUCCAACGGUGAUGGAAGGAGAGAUCUCAAGCUUAAACACGGUUAUGUCUGAUUCCGCCUGUUUUUCCAUCAAUAACGGGUCUAGGAAAGGAAAAUAUCCUCUUGUAUAGCCAAAGGGUGGUGGUUGUGUGAUGUUUUUCAUUGUAAUUCUUCUUUUUUCAUCCCCCUUUUUUAUGAAAUUUGUCCAUAGUGUGUUUUUUUUUGUUCCCACUUUUGUCUGUGUGUAAACGAUAUUGAUUUGUUAAUUACACAUUGUAGACUUGCGUAGCACACUGAAGAAAUGGAAAUGCUUUUAGGUUCUUUUUC